CACGCCUCCCUUUCUCUCUUCCUCCCUGCGUUUUCCCUUCGUUCGGACUUUGGUUCAAUGCUUGUGUGCUGUAAAAGCGAAAACUCAAGCUGGGUUUUUGCAGCGAAAUACCAAAUUUCUGGAGCUUCUCGCUUCUGGGUUUUCUUUGUCUCGCGCAGCACAGCAGAUGCUGAAGGAAUUAUAACUGCCUCAACUUAGAGGAGAGUGGGUGAAGUACUUAUCAGAACCUUAGUUAGGCCAAAUCUCUUGCAAUUAAACUAUGGAUGUAAAAGGCAUAACAUGGGUUGGAAACAUAUACCAGAAGUUUGAAGCUAUGUGCUUGGAGGUGGAAGAAAUCAUGUACCAGGACACAGUUAAAUUUGUUGAGAAUCAAGUCCAGACUGUUGGUGCCAGUGUUAAGAAGUUCUACUCGGAAGUCGUGGAUGAUAUGCUUCCUCCGUCAUGUGUUGACCCUGACAAAGUGACAGCCCCUGAAUUUUCUGUAGUAAAGUGCAAUGAUGUCCAGGUAUGCAAGAAGGCAAAAGUAUGUCGGAAAAGGGAACCAGCAAAGGCUAUCUAUCAACUGAAUGAGGAUUCAAAAUUACUUGGUGAUGUGAAGAAAGAUGUGCGACAUGCACCGUGUUUUCGGGGAACUUCUUGUGCAGAUAAUACUUGUCAAACACCUUUACAGGUUUCUGCCCUGCGAAAAGCUUCUCCUGACCUACAUUCAGGAAGUAUUGAUGAUAAAUCUGUGCCUGAUUCAGCUAUCACUGUCAAUGAGAACUCUGGUAUAAAUGGUAUGCCAUCUGCUGAGACUUCAAAGGUUAUUGCUCCAGAUGAGCUAGAGUUUAUAGGUUUCUUGACCAAAAAUGAUGAAUCAGCCCAUGAUCAAACCACAAUCGCUAGCUCCGCUCCUGUUGAAAUUAACAAGGGUGACACCAUGGAAAAUCAUAUCAAUGAUACUGAAGGAAGAAGUAGGUGUGCACCAGAAUCUUUGGGUAAUGCCCCACCAUUAAGCAAACUUGUAUCGGAUCAAUCUGUGGCAACCUGUGAAAGGGAGACUAAAACUCCCUCGUCUUCUGGUGUUCCAUUGGUCAAGUCAUAUGUCAAUUUCUCAGAUACCGAGGCAGAUUCUGUGAAUUCCUCUACCAUGAGUGAAAAUAUCUGUAGCAGAUACGUGUUCCCUCUUCCAGGAUGUUCAAAUGGCUCGAAUAUGAAUACAGCCAAAGGUGAUUUUGACACUGAACAAGAUGCCGCAACCAUCGAUCAAAUCGAUGAGGCUAAACUUGAGGAAUCUUGCAUCGUCGUGAAUAAUGAUGAAAUUCAUUUUGUUGCUCAGAGGGAAGGCAAACACCGAUCUUAUAAGAAAAAAGUUCGAGAUGCCUUUUCUUCAAAAAAGAAGUCAUCAAGGAUACUCGAGUAUGAGCAACUUGCUAUGUGGCAUGGAGGUGACGCAGAACCCAGUAAAGAUUGCAGAAGAAGGUCCAGGCCAACUCUCAACUUAGAGGAAGAGGAGAAAACACAAGCUCAUGAUUAUUCCGAACCUGAGUGGGAGCUGCUCUGAGCAUGUUAAUAAUCCUGUACAUAUUAGAUAUCUAUAGCUAGUGCAGCCUCCAUUCUUGUUGAAGGCGAUCUAAAAAUCUCUGAUGUCUAUAUUGGCAGGCUAAAUCUUCUCCUGCUACAAAAUUUAAAGUUACUCUACGUGUUAUCAUAAAGAGGAUAAUUGACUUAUUAGUGUAUAAAUCUCUAUCAUGCCGGGCAAGGCUUAGUUUAUGCA